AUGGAUUUCACAGGAUAAUUCAGACUUGACGAAGACUCGAUGGCUUUAAAUAUCUUCCAAACACCUAUUAAAGGGUUAGUAUAAGGUAUGUUUAAACUUUUCAUCUCCAUUUCCUAUAAUAUAUUACCUGUUUAUGGCGGAAUAUUUUCGCGCUUAUACUACAAUUUUGUGACAAAAAAAUAUAUUUUUAGAUUCAGAGGCUAAUUGCAAUUCAUAAGCAAACACAAAUAAGAAAUUAUUCGUUUAGACUGAA